AUGUCGUCCUCAGGUCUAUCUCCAUCAGCUAGACUGAUUGCUUCCACUUUGAGCGAAUCCUCCGAAGCUUGUUUUCUUCUGGAUGCCGAGGGACUUGUCCUGUACGAGAAUCCAGCUGCCAAGAGAUUAAUCUUUGAAACUACCAACAGUCAGUUUGACCAUGGAGCUGGAGACCCCAAACAUUCCUACCACUUUUCGUUCUUCUUUUCCUUCACGACACCCAACAAACCGUGGCAAGAAUACUUUGACCAUUUGAUUAAAAGUGAGCCGCAAAGUCCCAACCGACGGUUCGAUGUCAUGGAUGAUGGCGUCCACGAAUACUACGACGUUAUAUGCAAGAAAUCCAAUGGAGGAGAAUUUCCCGCCAGUCUCCGAUUGGGCAAGAUUGGUCAAGAUACCGAUUCUGAAUCAAUCUACCUCUGUGCCUACGUUAAACCCAAGAUGACGGACGACAACCAUCCGUUUGCCAAGGAUGGCACCGCACUGCGCUGUAUUUUGAAUGCCGCCUUCAACCCCAUGUUUUCCAUUGACGAAUCCGGCACCAUUUUAAUGGCCAAUCUCGCUGCCGAAAAGACAUUUGGGUAUACCCGCUCCGAGUUUUUGGGUAGCAAUAUCAAAAUUAUUUGUGGAGGUGACCAUGCCGCCAAGCAUGAUAGCUACCUUCGCAACUACCUGGAAACAGGCGUCAAAAAAAUCAUUGGAUCACAACGAGAAGUGCCAGCUAGAAGAAAAGACGGCACCGAAUUCCCAGUAGAGUUGGGAGUGAAGGAAGUGAGCUGUUUGGAAUAUGGGGUGGAAGGACAAGUGGUCUUUUGUGCCUUUAUCAAAGACUUGUCGAACGAGAAGAAGCACCAGGCAGAUAUGAAACACAAAGUAGAUCUGAUGCAAGGAAUGAUCAAUGCAUCCUUUGAUCCCAUGAUUGAAAUUGAUGCCAGUGGGAUCAUUCAAAACUGUAACAAUGCCACCGUCGCACUCUUUGGAUACCGUCGAGAAGAAAUGAUUGGUCAAAACAUUUCCAUCAUUGCCGGAGAGGAACAUGGCAAGAAUCAUGACUCCUACCUUCAAAACUACUUGAAAACCGGUCAGAAGAAAGUGAUUGGCAGAAAACGACAUGUCAAGGCACGACGAAAAGACGGCAAAGAAUUCGAUAUAGAACUCGGUGUUCAAGAGGUUGUGUCACCGAGCGGCGAACGACUAUUCUGUGGUUUUAUCCGAGACUUGACGCGACAAAACAUGGAGAAACGACGCAUGCGGAAACAAGAACAAAACAUGAAGAACCACUUUUUUGGGACUCAAGAUGGUGGCACUAUGAAAGAUCAUUCGACAACCAUGUAG